AUGGACAUCGCGCUGGAAGAGCAAAUCAUCAACGAAACUCUACCACGCCUCCUCAUGAUCCAUCUCUCCGAGAUGCACUAUGCCUGGUCUCCAUUACGCUCGCCAUUCAACAAAGCAUCCUUUGGCAACAUGGUUAUACUCACAGACGGCUGUCUAGAGACAGGGGCAUUCCCAGAGAAGUUUGCCAUCAUUGAAGUGAAAGCAUUGUCUCGAGGUCGUGAUAAGAAGCCUGAACUUCUGUGGCAGGAAAUUGCCGAAAUGGUUACAUGA